AUGAGCCCAGUAACGCCCAUCUCCCCGGCACAGACUCCCUUUGCGCACCAGUACAUGUCCUACCCGCCGCCGCAACCGCCCCAGGCUUCGCUUCAGGACGACCGCUCUCGCUCGUCAUCAAUCUCUGAAAAAUCGUCGGUACCCCGCAAGCGGUCUUUCUCGGCGGCCACGCCCCUCGCGCCACCUCCGCCCCAGGCGUACGCAGACGAGGUCGACAUGAACGGCAGCCCCAUCGACGGUUCGGACAGUGGCCAGGAUGAUCACAUGCGCGGUGUGGUGGAGCCGACGCCGCCCCCGUCGUCGCACUCGCUGCAGUCUUCUUCGAUGGGCGUCAUCGGCAGCAAGCCCAUGACCACGAACAACUUUGUAACAAAGUUGUACCAGAUGAUCAACGACCCAAAAUCCGCGCAUUUUAUCGCAUGGACAGAGCUCGGGACGAGCUUCGUCGUUUCCAACGUGGGCGAGUUCAGUCGGAGCAUCCUGGGCUCGCACUUCAAGCACAACAACUUCUCGAGCUUCGUCCGGCAGCUGAACAUGUAUGGCUUCCACAAAAUCAACCGCACGCCCCGCGCGCAGCGCACGAGCACCGACGCCCAGACGUGGGAGUUCAGCCACCACAAAUUCCUCCGGGGACGCCCAGACCUGCUGGACGAGAUCAAGCGCAAGGCGCUCGAGCCUGACCCGAGCGUCAAGCACCGCGUCGAGCUUCCCGGCGAGGUUCAGUCCCAGCUCAACCAGAUGCGCGACGAGAACCGUCGCGUGGCUGCUCAGCUCAACGCAGAGCGUGCCAAAGUCGACCGUCUCGCAGCGCUCACAAAGUCGCUGUACGAGGUCGUCGACAAGAACUUCCCUGGCUGGCUGCCGACACCUUUCCCUGCCGACCUCGUCGACAAUGGCCCGGAUCCGUCACAUAGCCCGAACAUCUACGUCUCGGCGCCGUCAAUGUCGCUUCAGCACCCGUCGUUCCCGACUCCGCUGUCCUCAGCGCCAUCUCUCGCACCGAGCCUGCAUUCGCUCUCGCCUGCAUCGAGCCCAACGACCGCGGACUUCCACGGGCAUCAUCUGCAGCAUCAACAUCAACAUCAGCAGUAUCCAACCUUGUCUCGCCAGCCGAGUUUCACCGGACCCGGAGGGUACGACGACUUCAGUGGCGCUAAGAGGCAAAGGACGCAACCGCCGCCUCCUGCUGGAAAACGCGCGCGCAGCGAUAGUGCGCCUCUCGGAUAUGGGUUCGGGCAGGGAAACUGGGCUGCUACACGCCCUCGCAGCGGAUCUGGUUUGGCGAGGCGCGAUGAGAUGGUCAGCAGCAUCGCGGGCGGGAGCAUGUCUCGACAUGGCGGCCAGUUGGGCUUGCCCCCACCACCGAGCUUGCCGACGCUGCCCAAGCCGUCGCCAUGA